CAGCUUUUGUUACAAGAGUGCAGUAACUUUGUUGCUCGCAGGAUUGAUUCCUUUAACUUAUCACCAGUUCCUUCACAUUUCAGCAUUUUUCAUAAAAUUACUGAAAAUAGUAUUUUUUUUGUGACUCAAGACGUCCAUUAGCAAUGAGAUAAAGCUCAUUGAUUGAAAAUAGUUUUUUUUUUACAACUUGAGGUGCAAAACUUCUCAAUUAAUUGGCUCCUCUCCAUCAAUUACUACAGAUUUUCUAUUUUAAGCACUCAACCAGAGAAAUGGGAGUAAAGAUAGGUCAUGCCAGUGAAUGAUAAAUGAGAAUUAUGAAAAUGAAAUUAAAUGCUAGUGAACUAUCAUACUAGUAAAAUUGGUUUUGGUUUAUUGCUAAUAAUUUACGUUAAAAAUGUAUGAAUAUUGUACAUAUCAUUAGAAUGAAAAAAUUAUGGAGGCCAUGAAAAAAAAAAAUCAAAUUUCUUCCUUUUUUUCCCCAGGGAUUUUGUUUCAGCUUUUAAAUAAUAAAGUAUCAAUAUGGAAAUAAAGAAAAAUAAGAUUCAUAAUAGCUUGUAAAAGCUUUGUAAGCAUAUUAUAUCCGGAAACAAAGCUCCUCCAUAGAUAAUUUCUCUUGCCUUUCUGCUCAGUGAUCAUAAUGACAGCCACCAAAAUUGAAAAAUAAAAUAAAAGAAAGAAAGAAAGGCAUAGAAUCAAAGAGAGAGAUAGAAGGAGGCUGAAAGGAAAAAUUAAGAUUUUGCUAAAGCAAUCAAAGCUAUCAUCUUCCAACCUCCUCCCUUCCAACCUCUUCCCCCAUUUUUGUUGCUCCAGGAAAGCCUCUCUCAAGCUUCUCACAAUCCAUCUUCCUCUUUCUUCCACCCAUUUUUAUCUUUUAACAAUGGAGGCAGCUAGACGAGCAGUGUGUGUGGAAGACCCUUUUAACCCUCUCAUUACAACCACCUUGCAAGCAUCCGGCAUUCUUGUCAUCUCCCAUUUCUUCCAUAUUAUCUUGAAACCUCUGGGACAACCUGGACCGGUUGCUCAAAUUUUGGCUGGAAUUGUGCUAGGUCCCUCUUUAUUGUCUCACAUCAGCAUAGUAAAAGAUUUUUUUCUUCAAGCUUCUUCAGCUGAUUAUUAUGAUAUUUUUUCUUCCAUUUACAACAUACUCUUUAUGUUCUUGAUUGGACUGGAGACGGAUAUUCCUUAUCUAAGGCGAAACUUGAGAAAAGCAAGCAUUAUUGCAUAUGGUGGAAUGGCCGUUUGUAGCAUAUUUGGUCUUGCUGCUUCCUUCUUUAUCAUUCAUAUAUUAAAGCUCACAGCAAACACGGUUGCUCUUGCCAAUGUCAUCAUGAUUAUCCUAGCCAACACAGCCUCUCCUGUGGUGAUUCGCCUUGCAGCUGAACUGAAGUUUUCGACCUCGGACACAGGAAGAUUGGCAAUUUGUUCUUCUCUGGUCAAUGAAAUCACAUGUGUAGUUUGGCUUUGUCUAAUUGUUACCUUCAUGUCAUGGAAAAUGUUUGGCAGGGCUAUUCUUUUCUCGUUACUGGCUCUAGGACUCGUUAUUUUAAAUAGGUACUUAGCUGCUUGGUGUAACCAACGGAACAGGAAUCAAAAAUAUGUGACAAACACAGAGAUGCUUAGCAUCUUGUUCCUUGUCAUUGCUCUCUCAUUUCUUACAGAAGAAUAUGGGUUUAACAGUACAAUUGCUUGUUUUUUCCUCGGCUUGCUGUUCCCAAGGGAAGGCAAAACUUCUCGGACUUUGUUGAUCAAGCUUGCUUAUUCUGUUUACAACUUCAUUCUCCCAAUUUACUUUGGAUACAUAGGAUUCCAGUUCAAUAUAACAUACCUGAAUAGUUACAGAAAUGUCAUAGCAGUUGUCCUUAUGAUCAUCCUGAGCAUGGGAGGAAAAAUUAUCGGUACAUUAGCUACUUGCCAUUACCUAAAUGUUCCAACAAUUGAUGGCAUUGUCCUUUCCUUUUUACUCAACUUGAAAGGCCAUGCUGAACUUCUGGUUGUCGGAGUGCUAAGAAAGUCCAUUUUGAAGUCAUGGUGGGAUCAGAAUAUUCACAAUUUGGUGGUGAUGGUUGUGGUGCUUAACACGAUAAUCUCAGGACCUGCAGUGGCUUAUAUGUUAAGAAAAAAUGGAAAAUACUUUGCUCAGAAGCAUACCUCGCUUGAAUUUCUUGAACCAGAGAGUGAACUUCGUAUGCUGGCCUGUGUCUAUGGCUCUCGCCAUAUAACAGGAAAGGUUGGGUUAAUCUUUGCUUUGAGUGGAUCCCCAGAAAGUCCCACCACUGCUUACUUGACGCACCUUGUAGAGCUCCCCAAGAAACGCCGGAAGAAGAAGUUGAUGUACCACCAGCUACAAGACGGAGAUCAAUUUAGUGAUGAAGAGGAGUAUGGUGGGAAUGAAGUUGUGGAGAUCAAUGAAGCUGUGGAUACAUUAACAAUGGAGAAUAAAUUCAUGAUCCAUCAAAGUAAAGUUGUAUCAUCCUUUCCAAGAAUGUACGAGGAUGUCUGUGAUGGGAUUGAGGACUUGAGAGUUUCAAUUGUGUUCCUCACCUUUCACAAGCACCAGCGCCUUGAUAGAAAAUUGGAGCCUGGCAAGGAAGGGAUAAGAGUGACCAACCAAAAGCUUCUACGCCAUGCCCCUUGCUCAGUGGGGAUCUUUGUAGACAGAGGGCAGACAGGAUUUCACUUGCCUACCUCUGAAUCAGUGCAAAAUGUGGCAACAUUGUUCUUUGGAGGCCCUGAUGAUCGAGAGGCAUUAGCUUGCAGCAAAAGGAUUGCCUCACACCCUCACAUUAAUUUCUCACUCAUCCGCUUCAUACAAGAAUCACCAAGUGAUCACAAGGAGUUUGUUGAGAAUACCUCCCACAGCAAUUCUGAAGUUCUAAUGGAAAUGUCAAACCGUGACAUGGAAGCUGAAAUUGACAGGGCAUUUCUCGAGGAUUUCUAUAACAGAUACGUGGCAUCAGGUCAAGUUGGAUACGAGGACAGGUAUGUGAACGAUAGGACGCAGACAUUGGAGGCCUUAAGAGGCACUGGGGAGAGAUUUUCUUUGUUGAUAGUAGGGAAGGGUGGAAGAGGUCAUUCACCCAUAACUGAAGGUUUGAGUGACUGGGAAGAAUGUCCAGAGCUUGGGAUAGUCGGAGACCUUCUAGCUUCUUCGGAAUUCAACAUCAAUUGUUCAGUUUUGGUCAUUCAACAACACCAGCGCUCGGAGACUGACCUUACAGAUGACUAGAGAUAAUUGGAUAUGUACAUAUUUCAUGUGUAUAUAUUUAUGGGAUCGUGUAUGUAUCAUUAGAAUAGUUUCUCAGAAACUUUGAAAAUAUUUGUUCCUUGAAAUAGUUCAUUGACUUGCUGGUUUUAAAA